CAAGGAAGUACCCAUUGUCUUAGUGAUGAUUAUACAACCUGUGCCUGGGCUUAUUUCCGGUUCCUUUAUGCCUUUCUACACACCAGAUGACGCAUCACGAUGUUUCUAUCACGAGUUUAUCUACAGAAAACUAGGCGAUUAUGUGUGCAUUUUUAUCGACCAGGAGGACCCGGAAAAGGUACGGCAGUAUGACGUUUUUGUCCGCAAUGGGGAAUAUCCAACUCACCUAACGUACGACCAGUCUACUUACCUGGUAGCAGACCGUGACUGGAUGUCUUGUAUAGCUCCGCAACAUUUCUCAGAAAUUGGAAUCACAUAUGUGGGACUUAGACCAAUUCCUAUACCGGGAAUGGGGCCUUACCAGUGGACCCCCUUGAACGGUCCCUACCUCGGGGAUUCGUACAACAUCUCUGACCCAACCCUGAACCCUUACAACCUGACAAUCACUACGGCCGGCUGUAUGACUUGGGAUAAGACCAAGGAGUCCUGGGGAGGCAACAAGUGUUUGAUGGACUGGUAUCCGCCUAAAUACGAAGUUGAAUGUACCUGCAAUACGGAGAAGGACCUGACAUUCGGAAACACGUUUUUCGUGCCGCCAAACACGAUCGAUUUUUCCACUGCUUUCCUGAAAUUCUCUCCCCAAGAUCAAGCUGCUGUUCUCAGCCUCCUCAUCUUAAUCCUUUUGUCAUAUAUCAUCCUCAUGAUCUGGGCAAGACACCAGGACAAAAAGGAUAUUGUCAAGUGGGGUGUGACACCACUGAUGGACAAUAACAUCGACGAUACAUACUAUUACAUGGUCACAGUAUACACGGGCAUGCGCAGAGACGCCGGAACGACAUCUAGGAUAGGCUUUGUAGUCUCUGGGUCAGAAGCCGACACGGGCAUCCGGGAACUCUAUGAUGGCGUGCGCAGAGAUAUGGGUACUGCUACUGUCAACAAUUUCCUGAUGACCACGCCCCAUCCUCUUGGAGAAAUUGAUUAUAUAUACAUUUGGCAUGACAACUCCGGUGAAGGAUCGAAGGCAUCGUGGUAUCUCAACAGGGUAGAUAUCGAGGAUAUACAGGACAAACAAAAGUAUUUCUUCUUGUGUGGAAAGUGGCUUUGCAUGGACAGUGCAGAUGAUAAUAUAGACGCCGUUCUUCCAGUGUGUGGAAAAGAAAAUGUCACAACAUUCGAAAAUAUGUUCUUCAUGAAUACCAAGGAAAAUCUUGCAGAAAACCACAUUUGGGUUUCCAUAUUUUUCCGACCAACGAGCAGUCAUUUCACUAGAUGUCAGCGAGUAACUUGCUUGAUGGUUUUUAUCAUGAUGAGUAUGAUCGCUAAUGCUAUCUACUUCACCCCUGCCGACGAAUUUGAGAACCCCAGUUUGGUGAGAGUUGGUCCACUGAAAUUUUCUCUCCAAUCAGUUUAUGUAUCCGUGAUAUCAGCACUCAUUUCAACACCCUCCGUAUUUUUAAUUGUACUGAUGUUUCGGAAGUCCAAACCAAGAACUAUAAAUCAAAACCUCCAAGACCCUUCAUUGAAAUAUGCCAUUCCCGCUAUAGACUCGAUAGCGGAAAAGAUGCUGACCGAGAGCAAGGAGCUAGAGAAGAUAUUGGUGGCGAAGGGUAUAAUCAAGGCGGACGGAACCAUUCUGCCUUUCUGGUGUGCAUACAUAGCCUGGUUUCUGUCAAUAGCUGGAUCAGCAGUAGUCAUGUUUUUCCUCAUGUUGUAUAGCAUGGAAUGGGGAAAGCAAAAAUCAGAAAUGUGGCUAACUCAGUUUGUCUUGUCGUUCUUUGAAGCAUCGGCCAUACUGGAUCCGGUCAAGGUAGUGCUGAUGGCGGCCUUCUUCGCUUUCAUCUUCACUCAACUAGACAAAUUCAAACCCUCGUCACUAGACCGAGGUCUAAUCCUACGAAACUAUCGCCAGCGAUUUAGCUGCCCCACUGAUAUAAAAAUGCCAGCACGCUUUUUCACGCCGGAGACGAUUCAGGAGGCUAGGAAGGAGAGACAACGAGAGAUGAUGAUGGCGCGCGCCUUGAAGGAAUGCUUCUUGACCAUAAUAUUUCUGUGGAUUAUUUAUAGUAUCAGCUUCAGCAAUCGUGACGACAGAUCCUAUCGGGUGCAUGACAUUAUCUCCAAGCACUUUGUUUACCCUCUGGACAAGCGGCCCACUUUUCCCGCGAUUACAACGACAGCCAACUACAUUGAUUGGCUGAAGCUGACAGCCUUUCCAGCUCUGUUCCCUGAAUAUGAAUAUAAUGGGGAGAAAAUGCAUUGGAGAUGGCGUCAGUAUUACGCUGACCUCACCAACUUCCGGGUCGGUCCGCCGCGUCUCCGACAAGUCCGCGUAGUCCAAGACGAAGAAGAGUAUCCAUUCUUUGGAAAAAUAAAGACCUAUCCAGAAUAUUCGUUCACAAACGAAGAGCUUGAUGACUACUGUUUGCAUUGGAAGCCCUUGCCAUGUGAUGUGGAAAAGGAAGCGUAUUCGUUCUCCUACAAUGGUUGGAAGCACACUAGUGCCAGCUCUAUCUGGGGCAUACCCGUGACUGGUUAUUACUCGACAUACAGCGGGGGAGGAUACAUCACAGAACUCGACGUCAAUUGGGAUUUCUCGAACAGAACUCUGGAAGAGCUGAACCGGCUCUUUUGGUUUGACAGGCAGACGAGAGCCGUGUUCCUAGAAUUCACUCUGUAUUCGGCCAAUCUAAACCUGUUCACGUACGUCAUGCUAAUGGCUGAAUUCCCAGAGACAGGUGGAGUAACAACCAUGUACACAAUUUAUCCCUUGCGAAUCUAUCAGCACCAUGGCAACACGGGUGUUUACAUGAUCUUCUGUGAAGUCAUGUUUCUUGUAUUCUUACUGGGAAUGAUUUUAAAGAUUAUCUACAGCAUGGUGAAAACGAAAGGGAAUUUCUUCGCGAACGCAUGGAAUGUUGUCGACUUUGUUUGUGUCGUCGGCGGAUGCAUAGGCGUUGCUAUGUAUUUCGGAAGACUUAUUCUAGCUAAUGAAACGAUGGGCAAUUUCACAGAGGAUCCGAAGAACUUUGUGAAUUUCCAACACCUUGCCUUCUGGGACCUUAUCUUUGUGACUGUGCUUGCAUGUCUUGUAUUUCUGUCUACCAUUCGAGUGGUUGGGGUGCUUGGCUACGACAAAAGAAUCGGUGAGGUGUUCCGAGUAGUGGAUAACUGCGCCAGAGACCUGUUCUGGUUUGGGGUAAUGUUCUUUUAUAUAUUCAUGGGCUAUUGUAUUUUGGGAUAUCUUGUGUUCGGCAGAAAUAUCAAAGCCUACUGGAACAUAUUUGAUACGAUGGGGACUCUUUUCAUAAGCAUGAUCGGAAAAAGUAAAUUUACAGAGCUGAACGAACAGGACCCGUUAAUGGCCCAGCUUUACUUUUUCACAUACAUCUUGCUGAUCGUCUAUGUGCUGCUGACCAUGUUUCUUGCCAUCCUGUGCGACAGUAUUGCAGUGGUACACGCACAAACCAAGAACGACCGUUCGGAAGAGCUCAUUGCUUUUAUGAUAGAACAGUUGAAGAAAUUCUUCAGCAGCAGUAAAAAGAAAAGAGAAGCACAAAAACUCAAAAGUGAAAGUGGACUCGGCAAACAAAAACCUAUUGAGCUGUUGUCAGAUCUACGCCUGAACCUUAACGACAUUAUGAAAACGCUACCGGAGAAGGAAAGGAAUCCAUUUAUGAAAUAA